CAAUUGUUGUGUACAAAAUUACAAAUGGCGGUUUACACAUUAUUUUGCGAAGGCGUUCACCGCAAGCAUAAAGCAAGCCUAUGCUCGAAGGCGACUGUGUUUGUUGUGUUUCUAAGCUUUGCAACAGUCGUAAUUCCAUUCAUCUUUGCUUACAAGGACCUAGGGUUCUGGAAGAAGCUAGAUCAGUACCAAGAACAGCCUGAAGUUCGCUUCAAACGUCGUCUGAUAGUUGUACUAGAAGGUGGCGAGGGACUCGUAUUUUGGAGUUCUUACCCUUUCUUAAACUUUCAUGCUACAGGAUUGAGCGUGCCCUCUGUAGAGGAUAUGGAAGAAGACUUCGAUUACGAUGGGAAAAUGGACGAGCUGAGUCUGGGCAUUAAAAUGCCGCUACCAAGAAAGUUCGACGUGCUUUGUGUGAAAAUCCUUCUUCUAUUUGAUUGUAGGAUUGCGACGUACACCAGGGUCUCAUAUGAGGGGCUAGCUUUUAUAGACCACUCCUCCAGCAUUUCCGGCUCGGAACUUUCACUUACAGCAGAAUUGAGACUUCAUCAGAAGGAACUGCUACGACGUGGGUCACAUGACAGCCGCUUUGAGCAUUCCAUCAUCAAACAGGACAGUUCUAGCAUGUAUUCAUUCAGCCUCGACUACAUUCUACAUGAGUACUCAAAACGAAAUGUGACAACGCAGCUAUCCAAUGUUCAAAGUACAUGGAGGGCUGCCUCAAAUGCUACGCAUUUCCUGGCCAAACUGAGGAUCAAGUACCCAGUAGAGAUUUUGUGGUAUCGCCCUGGGGUUUGGCAAGUCCUGAAGCAUGCCUGGACCCAGUAUUUGGCAUUUCUUGCCAUUUUUCUUUUACUGGGUGAAAGGAUGAAGGAGUUUGUAUUUGGGAACCAAAUACUCGAAACUUACCCGUCAGUAUAGUUGAGAGUGACCAGUACUACCUAAUGAAUAGAUGCUUCCAGCAGUGUGCAGCAUGGACACUGGGCACCAUAUGUACACUCCUUAUAGUAAUUUGCACAACUCCUACAGCACAGGUCAGUAUCAGUUUUGUUCUGUUUUUUUUUCUUAUUCCUGCUGUUGCCCUUGCUUUCCACAUAAGCUAGGAACACUCAAGCAAUUUUCUGUGCUUUAAACAGUUUCAGUUCACUGACACUUAACUUCAUGCUGUGCAUUCAUCUGCAAAGGGAAAAAGGGGGGGUAAUUGAGAAGGUACUCCCAUAAUGGGAAAGGACUUAGGGGCUGUACUUAUAAGGUGUUCUGCUUCAGUGUAAAGACAGUUAAGCAUCUGCACAUUUCAUUUAUUUAUUGUUCUCUUACACUGCAGCACAGUGGUCUGUAUAUUACAUAUAUAUCUCUUUAAGCGCAUGCAGGCAAAGCAGGCUUAGUGCAUGGACUAGAGGAAUGAAACUGCAUUAGAAGUCCCAGCAUGUGAACAUGACAUCAUGGCUAAAAGCUGCACCAUCUUUUGUUCUGCAUCCAUGGCUCUUGUAUAU